CUCUCGCUCUCUCUCCGUCUGUCUCCUCAUACUACAAUCACACAGCAUACAGUAUUGUACAAUAUUGUGCAUCUUCUCUACUGCAGGUCUCUCUUCAGUGGUUGCUAUGGUCUGUUUUUGCAUUGCUAUGGGAGCUAUGCUCUCAUUGGCUCUGCCUGACCUGGUUACCAUGGAGACGUGUACAUCGGCGGGGACGCCUGGACUGCAUGGUUUCCCAGGGUUACCAGGAAGGGACGGACGAGAUGGAGAGACGGGGGAGAAGGGAGUGCCAGGUGUUGUAUCUGGACCAGGCCAGAGACCAGAGGGGGGCCAGAAGGGGGAGCCGGGUGUGAAGGGAGCGGUUGGGAAGCUGGGUCGUAGCGGUGUGAGAGGAGAUAAGGGAUCCCCAGGGCCAGAGGGACCCCAGGGAGAGCCAGGGGAGUCGGGCUCAGCAGGGUCUCUGCUCCAUUCUGCCUUCAGCGUGGCCAGAGGCACCGCCAGCCCUCCAGAGAAGGCCAGCCCCAUCAGAUUUACCUCGGUCAUCACUGAUGUUAACAAGGACUACAACACAGAGACGGGACGCUUCAGGUGCCGCGUGCCGGGGACGUACUACUUUGUGUACCACGCGUCGUCUGAGGAGAGACUCUGUCUGGUGUUCAAACUGGAUGGAACCAGUCUGGCCUCCUUCUGUGACCUGGUGUACGGGGGCACAAAGAGACAGGUGAAUUCGGGGGGUCUGGCUACGUACUUGAAGAAGGAUCAGGAGGUGUGGUUAGAGACCAACGAUUACAACGGCAUGACGGGAAAACCUGAAGGGAACAGUCUCUUCUCUGGCUUCCUGCUCUACCCUCACUAACCUGAAGGGAACAGUCUCUACUCUGGCUUCCUGCUCUACCCUCACUAACCUGAAGGGAACAGUCUCUACUCUGGCUUCCUGCUCUACCCUCACUAACCUGAAGGGAACAGUCUCUACUCUGGC